UCCCUUCGGUGCAAACCGGUUGACCUGCCUCCUCCUUCCCGCCACCUCCCCCCGCGGUAAUGAUUAACAGCCUCGCGGGGAGGGGGAAGCGAGGGGAUAAAGGGGGCUUGGCUGGAGAAAGGGGGCAGACAACUCCAGCCGGUCCCGCGCCCGCUUCUCGCCGUCGUCGACGUCCGUUUCGGCCUCCCCCAUGACUCGCGCCGCGACGCCAGGGCUGCUGCUGCUCCUCCUCCUCGCCCGGGUGCUGCUGCUGUGCCGCCCGCUGGCCGGGCACCCCGGGCAGGGAGAGGCCACUUGGUCUCGCUUCGCCCGGCUGCCCUUCGAGGAUGAGCUCUUCCUGGACGACACGUUCCCCGACGGCUUCCUGUGGGGGGCGGGCAGCGCGGCGUACCAGGUGGAAGGCGCCUGGAGCCAGGACGGCAAGGGGCCCUCGGUGUGGGACGCCUUCGCGCAACACCUCCCCUGGGCCGCCGACGAGCCGAAGACGCCGUCGGGGGACGUGGCCAGCGACAGCUACAACCGCGUCGAGCGCGACCUGGAAGCGCUGAGCCUACUGGGGGUGUCGCACUACCGCUUCUCGCUGCCCUGGGCGCGCCUGCUCCCCAACGGCACGGCGCCCGCCAACCCCGCCGCCGUGAAGCAUUACGCGCACUUUCUCGCCGGCCUGAGGCAGCGCGGCGUCGAGCCCGUGGUCACCCUCUACCACUGGGAUCUGCCCCAGCGCCUUCAGGAGCUCCAUGGCGGCUGGCAGAGCCCGGCUCUGGUCGGCUUGUUCCAGGACUAUGCCGAGCUCUGCUUCAGGCACUUCGGCGAGCACGUGCGCUUCUGGCUCACCAUGGACAACCCUUACCUCGUGGCGUGGCAUGGCUACGCCACGGGCAAGCUGGCCCCUGGCGUGCGGGGAGGGCGGGAGGUGGGCUACCGCGUGGCUCACCACCUCCUCCAGGCUCAUGCCAAAGUGUGGCAUCUUUACAACGAUCAUUUUCGUCCUUCACAAAGAGGUAAAGUGUCAAUUGCCUUAGGUUCACACUGGAUAAGACCUCUACAUAUGACUGAAAACAGUAUUCAUGAGUGCCAGAAAUCUCUUGACUUCGUGCUGGGCUGGUUUGCUAAACCUAUCUUUAUUGAUGGAGACUAUCCCCAGAGCAUGAAGAGCAAUCUUUCCUCUGUGCUGCCUGAGUUCACCGAAGCAGAGAAGAAGUUUGUCAGAGGGACAGCAGAUUUCUUUGCUCUUUCGUUUGGGGCCACGUUGAGUUUCCAUCUCGUGGAUGCUGGCAUGUUAUUCCGCCAGGUGGAAUCGCUAAGCCUGAGGCCUCUGCUUUACUGGAUAAGCAGCGAAUAUAACAAACCAGAGAUCUUCGUUGUGGAGAACAGCUGGUACGUUUCUGGUAACACUAAGACCGAUGACUCCAAGUACACGAAUUAUCUUAAAAAUUUCAUUAUGGACACUCUGAAAGCUGUCAGGUAUGAUGGAGUUACUGUCAUCGGGUACACGGCUUGGUCUCUCAUGGAUGGCUUUGAAUGGCUCAGGGGCUACAGUGUUCGAAGGGGUCUGUUUUACGUUGACUUUCAAAGUCAGGAUAAGAAACUGAUGCUAAAGUCUUCAGGAAUGUUUUACCAGAAGGUGAUAGAGAACAAUGGCUUCCUCCCAGCACCAGAAGACCAGCCCAUAGAAGGGACUUUCCCCUGCGGUUUUGCUUGGGGAGUUACAGAAAGCUUUCUUCAGGUAGAUGCCACACGAUCCCAGUUCCUUGACCCUAAUGUUUAUGUUUGGGAUGUCCAUCAUACAAAGAAGCUGAUUAAAGUUGAUGGAAGGGGUGCCCCAAAUCGCAAGCCCCACUGUGUUGAUCUUCCGGCCAUCAGGCUCCAGAUUUCUUUACUUCAGGAAAUGCAUGUCACACACUUCCAUUUUUCGCUGGUGUGGCCUUUGAUUCUCCCUCUAGGUAAUGAAUCUUACGUUAACCACACUCUCCUGUUUUACUACCAGUGUUUUGUCAGCGAACUACUCAGAGUCAAUAUAACUCCUGUCGUUGCUUUGUGGCAACCCAUGGGUGAGAAUCAAGGGCUUCCUCUUCCUCUCGCUGAGCAUGGAGGAUGGGAGAACCGGCAGAUCGUGGACGCUUUUGUUGAGUAUGCUAGGUUCUGCUUUAAAAAACUUGGCCAGUAUGUCAAAUUUUGGAUCACAAUGAACGAGCCUAGCGAUGACAACUUGACAUACAAAGGAGCACAUAACCUGCUGAAGGCCCAUGCCAAAGCAUGGCGCCUGUACGAUAAAACAUUCAGGAAGACUCAGAAAGGUAAAAUCUCAAUCGCCUUCCAUGCCAUCUGGGUUGAGCCCUUUUCGAAAAACGAUUACAGUGCAGCCAGACGAGUUUUGGAGUUUAAAAUUGGCUGGCUUGCUGAGCCUAUCUUUGGAAGUGGUGACUACCCAGAUGUGAUGAGGCAGUGGCUUCACUGGAAGAACAGCCUAGGCUCCCAUUACUUACACUUGCCUUAUUUCUCGGAGGCGGAAAGAAACCUAAUACGUGGUUCGUUCGACUUUUUCGCCUUGAGCCACUACACCACGACUCUCGUAAGCGCCAUAAACGAAGACCCCAUCAAUUAUGACCACCUCCUUGAGGUCCAAAAGCAAAAUGACAUCACUUGGGUGAAGUCACCUUCCAGAACUCCAGUGGUGCCCUGGGGGUUACGCAAGCUCCUCGCAUGGGUCAAGGAUAAAUAUGGCGACAUCCCAAUCUACAUCCUAGCCAGUGGAAUUGAUGACGGGCAGAAACUGGAUGAAGACAAACUGAGAAUAUAUUACAUGGAGCGGUAUAUCAACGAAGCCUUGAAAGCCUACACCUUGGAUAAUGUUAACCUCCGUGGCUAUUUUGCCUAUUCUUUCAGUGAUAGGGGUGAUCCUAGAUCAUAUGGACUCUAUCGAUAUACAGUGAAUCAAUAUGAGCCAAAGUCUUCCAUGAUGCAUUAUAGACAGAUUAUUGACAAUUACACCUUUCCUGGCUCGGAAACCGCUGGCUUGCUCUGCCUCAAAGAGCUUAUUCUGUGCCCAGAAUGUGACUCGUUGCAACCCAGAAGAUCUUUGCUUGCUUUCAUUUCUUUUAUAUUGUUUUCUUUCAUUGUUACUGUAUUUCUGAUCACUUACUACUCCAAGAAGGUCAAUAGAAGGCAUGAAUACGGCUUUCCUGCAGCUCAUUGUCCUUCAUAUGCAUUUCCUGGGGGAGCUCAGAAAUAAUUAUACACCCGACUGUGAUUAUUGUUGCACCAUGAAAUCAUUCAUGCUGCCCAGUGUUGUGGAGCACUAAAUGUGAAAAAUGGAUUGUGUCCAUGAAGCUUGUGUCACUCCUCUCUGUAUUAGCACUUUAGGUUAGCAGGCUUUUUUCCUGGUUUGCUGGUGGUGUAGCACCCAACCCCUGAUCCACUGAGGGAGAGUCAUGGUGAGAAUAAUGCUUCAUGCAUAGUGAGGUCAGUGCAGGCCUCAUUGAAAAUACUGAAUGUAUCUUUUAUUGAGGAUGGGGGGCGUUCUAACUUCUGUUUGAUCAUACCUGAUAUUUUGAAAUUUUGCUUUUCUUCCUCUGAUUGUGAAUUUCUAAUUCCAUCCUAGAGAAUCCUUGUUUGUUUUAGCUGAAGGACUAAAAUUAGUCUGAUGGAAUGAUCAUUUGAUUCACUUAGACAUAUGUUGUAUUUUGGUUAGAUGUGAGUAGUAGGGUUUGCAUGUAACACUAAACCAUGUUUCGGGCAUUUAUGAUACUGUACCUACCUUCCCCCCACCUCCCCUCCCCUUUCCUCCAGCAAUGAGAAGAGUGGCAGAUUCCAUUUCGAAACCCUAAACUGUGGUUUAGCUUAACUGCGGCUGGUUAAAACAAU